AUCAUUGUCAUCGUUGUCAUCAUCAUCAUCAUCAUUGAAGGCUUUGUGAUGAAGGCACUCACUAUCUGGAUGGGCAGACAUACGAUAGAAGACUGAACAACCAGAAGUUACGAAGAUAGGUACUGUGGGUGUUAGAAAGAUUCAUGGCAAAACAGGGAAGCAUCUAGGCUGCUUGUGGAAGUCAGACCAAAAUAGCAGGAAGGUAUUGCAGCAAGAUGGAUUUGGGAAAGGACCAAUCUCAUUUGAAGCACCUUCAGACACCUGACCCUCAUCAAGAAGAGAACCAUUCUCCAGAAGUCAUUGGAACCUGGAGUUUGAGAAACAGAGAACGACUUAGAAAAAGAAAAGCUGAAGUGCAAGAAAAGGAAACGUCACAAUGGCUAUUUGGAGAACAGAAAAAAUGCAAGCAGCAGAGAACAGGAAAAGGAAAUCAAAGAGGCAGAAAGAGACAACCAAAUACAGAAUUGAAGGUGAAGCCUCAGUCACAGAUAGAAAAGGAAAUAGUGGAGAAAGCACUGGCACCUACAGAGAAAAAAACUGAGCCACCUGGGAGCAUAACCAAAGUAUUUCCUUCAGUAGCCUCCCCGCAAAAAGUUGUGCCUGAGGAACACUUUUCUGAAAUAUGUCAAGAAAGUAACAUACAUCAGGAGAAUUUUUCUGAGUACCAAGAAAUAGCAGUACAAAACCAUUCUUCUGAAACAUGCCAACAUGUGGCUGAACCUGAAGACCUCUCUCCUAAAAUGUACCAAGAAAUAUCUGUACUUCAAGACAAUUCUUCCAAAAUAUGCCAAGACAUGGAGGAACCUGAAGACAACUCUUCUAACACAUGCCAAGUAAUAUCUGUAAUUCAAGACCAUCCUUUCAAAAUGUACCAAGAUAUGGCUACACGAGAAGAUCUGGCUCCUAAAAUGUGCCAAGAAGCUGCUGUACCCAAAAUCCUUCCUUGUCCAACAUCUGAAGACACAGCUGAUCUUGCAGGACGCUCUCUUCAAGCAUAUCCAAAACCAGAUGUGCCUAAAGGCUAUAUUCUUGACACAGACCAAAAUCCAGCAGAACCAGAGGAAUACAAUGAAACAGAUCAAGGAAUAGCUGAGACAGAAGGCUUUUUUUCUAAAAUACAAGAAAUAGCUGAGCCUAAAGACCUUUCUACAAAAACACACCAAGAAUCAGCUGAACCUAAAUACCUUCCUCAUAAAACAUGUAAAGAAAUUAUUGUGCCUAAAGCCCCCUCUCAUAAAACAAUCCAAGAAACACCUCAUUCUGAAGACUAUUCAAUUGAAAUAAACCAAGAAACACCUGGGUCUGAAAAAUAUUCACCUGAAACGUAUCAAGAAAUACCUGGGCUUGAAGAGUAUUCAUCUGAAGUAUACCAAGAAACAUCCCAGCUUGAAGAAUAUUCACCUGAAAUAUAUCAAGAAACACCGGGGCCUGAAGACCUCUCUACUGAGACAUAUAAAAAUAAGGAUGUGCCUAAAGAAUGCUUUCCAGAACCACACCAAGAAACAGGUGGGCCCCAAGGCCAGGAUCCUAAAGCACACCAGGAAGAUGCUAAAGAUGUUUAUACUUUUCCUCAAGAAAUGAAAGAAAAACCCAAAGAAGAGCCAGAAAUACCAGCAAUUCUGAAUGAGAUUCAUCCAGAAAAUGAUGUCUAUAGCUAUGUUUUGUUUUAACAAUGCUCAACCAUAAAGUUGUGGUCCAAUGGAACAUACA